AUGACCUCUGAGGGUUCAAAAGGCUCCAUCAGUAAAUUUCGAUUGGAAAACGAAAAGGUCGAUCACGAUGUUGAGUUUGGAGAAAUUCAACAGUUUGAUGAACUGGUGUAUACAAAAGAAGAAGAACACAAGCUUGUUAGAAAAAUAGAUUUGCUUAUUCUUCCUUCGUUAUGCUUGAUUUUCUUUGCACAAUAUCUUGACAAGCAAUCCAUUACCUAUACUUCCGUAUUCGGCUUGAAGACAGAUUUGCAAAUGACUGGAAAUCAGUAUUCAUGGUGCAGUACUGGUUUUUAUUUAUGCCAACUUUUUACAACUUUUAUUUUCAUUUAUUUUAUGACAAUGGUGAAUCGUACUUUGUUGAUUGGUGUUUCAGUAGUUGCAUGGGGUAUAUGCUGUACUUGCCUUGGUGCCACCCAAAAUUACGCUCAGUUUGUUGCUGUUAGAUGUCUUUUAGGAGCGACUGAAGCUGCUUGCCAACCGUGCACAUUGCUAGUCACUCAGUCAUGGUAUAGAAAAAAGGAACAUCCUUACCGGAUGGCCGCUUGGUUAAGUAUGAACUCUCUGGCACAAAUCUUUGGGUCAUUCUUUAUGUAUGGUGUUGGAAUAACGAAUCAAUCUUCUUUAGCAGAUUGGAAAAUCAUGUUUAUUAUUUGCGGUGUUAUUUCUACUUUUAUAGGAACUUUGUUUGUAAUUGCAAUUCCAUUUACUCCAGAAAAAGCAUGGUUUCUUUCUGAAAGAGAGAGAAAAAUUGCUCUUUACAGAAUAUAUGCUGAGAGUGAUAGGUUCGGAGGAUCUAUAUUUAGUAAGGAACAAAUGUAUGAAUGCCUCAAAUUUGACUGGCUCACUUGGUGUUCCUUGGCAUUUGGUUUUUUAGUUUGUGUCACCUCUGGAACUACUGUUUUUCAGUCUUUAAUUCUCAGUGAUUUUGGAUACGACAAGUUUCAAAACAUGGAAUACGGAUCUCCUUCCGGCGCCGUUCAACUAGCUUUUGUUUGGAUCGGUGUCUUGUUAGUGAUGAUUUUCCCCAACUAUCGUACAGUUAUUGUUCAGCUUCUAGUUAUCGUUCCUAUUGUCGGCAACGCUCUGCUAUUAGGCUUACCGAACAAUGCAGGUUGGGGCAUUAUAGUGGCUUCUUGGCUUGGAUCUGUAAUUACAUGUUCUAUGUCAAUUUUAUUAAGUUUGAAUGCAUCAAACAUUAGAGGCCACACGAAAAAAUCUAUUGCUAAUAACCUCUUUUUUGUCGGCUACUGUCUUGCUGCCGUUAUUUAUCCUCAGUGGUGGAACUUUUCUAAGGACCCCAAGUUUCAUGCUGGUUUGGGUGUUAACUUAGCCUCGUGGGGUUUACUGGAAAUCCUGAUGGGUUAUUACAGAUGGAAGGUUUUGCGAGAAAAUAAAAAAAGAGAUGAAUUUGAAAAGCAAGAAGAUUUACCUGAGUAUAAUAUUUAUGAUGAUGUCACGGAUAAACAAGAUUUGAGACACAGAUACUCAUGCUGA